CUGAAUCACCUUGCAUUGAGUUCUUGAUAUUAGCUAUAUAGAAUCACUAUCUAGCUAGCUGACAGCAUGGAGGAGAUAGCUGCAGUGGUGAAUUGUACCCCCACUCCUCAACCACUUCAUCCUGACAUCAGAGCCACUGACAUGAAGUUGCGACUGAAGGAGAACAUGACGUACAUAGUGGCAGGCGUGGUGAUACAGGAUGGGAAAGUGCUGCUCAUACAAGAAGCCAAGGCUAGCUGUAGAGGGACGUGGUAUCUGCCAGCUGGAAGAAUGGAGAGAGAUGAAUCUAUUGUGGAGGCAGUGCAGAGAGAAGUGUUGGAGGAAUCAGGCUACCAGUUCCAGCCUGAGGCACUGGUGGUGGUUGAGAGCCAUAGCUACCACUGGGUGAGGUUCACACUGGUGGGUCGUGUGGUUGGAGGCAGUCUCAAGACUACAAAACAAGCAGAUCAGGAGUCACUACAAGCUGGUUGGUUUACUGCUCAUGUGGAGAAUCUGGUCAAACAAGUUCGUCUUCGGGCGGGUGAUAUUCUGCCACUGAUUAUAAAGGCUGGAGAAUGGUUUGAGAGGCGUUUGUUUGUUGGUCUCCCUGUUCUUGUAGGUCACACUAGCUCUUCUCAAAGGAUGGUGCUAGUUCAUGAUGAUGGGCAGACAAUGGUGGUACUGACUAGACAGGAGGGAGGAGGGAGCACGAGUCUACCAGUCUGCCUGCUGCAUGGGAGAGAUGACCCCACUGCCAUCACUAUCAAGGACUGUGGAUACACUGGUCACUUCAAGCACUGUGGUGUACUGUCAGUGGAACACUCUGGAAAACCUCACGGCAAAUUUGAUGGAUUUUGUGUCACCUACAUAUUGAAGGCAGACAGUCUAGACUUGGGGUCAAAGAGCAAAGGUCAAGAGUUCGAAUGGACUGUCGUAACUGAUCCCCUAAUGUCACAACUAAGAGUUGCUUUGACUAGUGAAGGUUCUGCUAGAUUUAUACAAUUAUGAGUGAUUUUUUUAUUGCCUCAAUGAAGUAGUAACAUUUUCAUGCCGAUUUUUGUCUAGUAAA